AUGGUAGAAGCUGACAACAUUUCUGUUGUAUUAUCUAAUACAUCUCCAAAAAAAUAUCUUUCAGCAUAUGAACUGAAUGGAAGUAUACACACGAAGUCUGUGAAGGACAUUACGUCCACGUUAGACAAGCGACAGUUCUACAAAGUAGUUGUUAACGGAUUAGACGUGACUCCGAAUAACAUAGUGGAUCCCGAGUACGUGACACUGAACGAUUUGACUACACACGCCGCGUUUGAUUCUAGGUCUCGAUAUAAAAUUGAAGGGCCUUUUAAAUUUUCCCGAUCCAGGUCCAGGGCAGGCUUGGAUAGUACGGGUACCAAAUUCUAUGCUACUACUAUUAAUCUGGAUGAUAUCGAAAUUGAUGUUUCACAAAACACCGAGGAAGGAUUACAAACAGGAGACGAUAAAGUUUCUCCUGCUCCGUCAGCAUUUAACUUACCGAAAUUCCCAUCAAUCACGUCUUAUCCACCUGAAAUUUGUAUCACUCUUAAAGAAACUGAAACAGUUUUCUUAAUUUCUUUGCCAUGUUUAUCGUACGAAAAAGGAUCAUUAGAAGGAAAUUUAACAGAAGAAGAUAAUGCUUUUUAUGAUUAUAUCACCAUAGGAAAAGGUAAAAACAAAAAAGUAGUUCACGAAGAAACACAAACCCAAAUAAAAAUGGUACAAUCAAGACAUGUACUUGCUACGAGGCCUCAGAAAAAGAAUGCCAUAUCAUUCGCAUCAGUGUGGGACAUGCACGAUACUUAUGCACAAAUCAAUGAAACGGUAGUCAUAGAAGAUGACGAUGAAAUGGUUAUGUAUGAUACUCCAGCAUCCUAUAUGUUACGGAAGAAGAGAAAGAAGGCAGAAUUAGAAAAGCGUCUUGGUAAAACAUUUGAAGAGAUAGCCGCCACGUCUCAAUAUUUGGAUGCUGUUCUUUUAAUGGAACGAGUGCUCGCUUCAUUGAAAUUUGCUGCAGAACAAAAGAAGUUCCGAGGGCUCUUCCAAAUGGAUCCUUUAGCAUUAGAUUUAAUAUAUAUAUACAAAAUGGUCAAGUUAUGGACAUAUGAAUAUGAAGAAACUCUGAACACACCAAUCUCUUGCAUAUCAUACAAUCCAAAGUAUCCGAGCAUAUGUGCUAUAUCUCAUGGCAAAUACGGUUAUGCAGACGUCUGUCAAGGCAUUGUUUGUAUCUGGAGUUCGAAGAAUCCAAGUAAACCAGAGCGACUUUAUCGUUUUAAAGAUCCAGUUACAUGUGUCAGUUUUUCGAAAAAACACCCUAACUGGUUGGCAUGUGGUUUCUGUAACGGCGAUGUAAUAAUACUAGAUAUUACUUCAUACUCUAUCAAAAUAAAAGCGAAAAGCAAACGCGAUACAAACCCUUGCCACGAUCCCAUUUGGGUUAUAAGUUGGCAAUCUGUAGAAGGCGACAGUGAAUUCGUAAUGACAACGAGUCAAGACGGAAGGAUUCGUAAAUUUCGAAAAACAAAAACACACGAUUUCAUCAGUACGCCUUUGAUGCGCGUGUGUACCGUUGAAGGUAAACUGAAGGGACUAGAAACUACGAGACCGUGUCCUAAACAUGACGUGCCCAUUACUAGAUACCCCGCGGUGCUGUGCAUGGUAUGGCACUCCACCAUAGACCACUGCUACCUGGUGGGCACGGACGAGGGCUGCAUCCAUCGGUGUUCCAUGCACUACCUGAACCAGCACAUGGACGUGUACCGCGCUCACGCGGGCCCCGUCACGGACAUGUGUUACUCACCCUUCAUGGACUAUUUGCUGGCUUCGUGCGGCGCUGACAAUGCUAUUCGAAUGUGGAUAGAAGGCAUGGACGAUGUUAUAAUGACCUUGAUCUGUCCAGGCGCAGUUAACGGGAUAACAUUUUGUCCAAUUAACUCGACUAUUUUAAUAUCUGCGAGCGCAAAUACAGUUUCAGUUUGGGACUUACGGCGGAAGACGCACAAGCCAUGUGCAGAGUACAGCUUUCCUGGAGACGUGACGCUGACAUACAUAAGAUUUGCGCCUUGUGGACACAAUGUUUUUGUCGGGGAUACGCUGGGCAGGCUGCAUACCUUUCAUUUGGAGGACACUCCGAUACCACCUUUUAACCAGAAAAAGCUAUUGGAUGACGUAAUAAGAAAAGCCCUGUGCACUAGACCUCACAUGUUGAAGCAACUAGAUAAACUUCUUAAAUUCAAAAAGCGCAAAUGUAGUUAA